AUGGGCGGCGGCGGUGGCGGGGGCGGCGGUAGCACCAUUGGCGGCGGCACCCUGGGCCACGGCACCGCGAUGAGCAGCAGCACGGUCGGCAUGGGCCCUCUCCCCGGCACCCUGAUGCACGGCGCCUCUGGCGGCGGCAAUCCUGGCAAUGUCUACGGCAAUGGGAAUGGAAAUAAUGGUGUGGGCGGUCAGAAUACCGCUCCCGGAUCCGUCAUCGAUUCGCGGGCCGUGUCCGUGGUGGUCACGCUGCCCGGCGGACCGGGUGCCCAGCAUCCGGGACAGGCGCUCAGCGACUACGGUCCCAUAUAGUUAAUGGUACGCCCGGACACCGCGCACUGGGUUUCGACCAGCAGUUUUAGCCAGCUGUAGCCGCUCAAGCUGGUCGAUUCACACGCCCGGCCUCUGUCUCACUCGCACUCCUAGGCUCUCUCCCCCACAUCCAUUACCCAUCUCGCUCGCUCUGGGCGGCGGCUUUAGCAAAGGUUUUCCAGCAAUGCCAUAUUAAUUCGAGUAGCCGCAGUUUGUUUAUUGAGUGGAAAGCGCAACAAGAGCCCCUGUUUCUGUUUCCAAUUCCGAUCGCUUUUUGCGGAAUAGGGUUUCAUGAAACUUUCUUUGAAAUUACUAACUUUUUGCUCCAAUUUUGAGAAUUUAGAAAAACAAAAUUGUGUUCUAAAAUUGUAAUCUAAAAAUUUACAAUUAAACUUUUCCAAGAAAUUAUGAAAGCUUGACAAGAAUUUUGGAUUAUCAUAAAAUUUAUAUGUAUUUGUAUUGUGAACAUUUAAUUUUCUAAAUACCAGAUUUGUUUUUUUUUCUUUAAAUUAAAAUUUGUUUCUUAAAAAAUAUAAAAUUUAAAUACUUCUAAAAAUCUUUAGAAUUUAACAAUCCUUAUUCCGCCAAAUUGCUUAUGAGUUAGAAAUCGAAACAGGGUCGUAAAUAACCAUUAGAGAUGUGGUAAGCAACCAAUCUGCAUACAAGAUUCUAGUCCAAAAAAACCUUUGUCUUCAAAAGCAGAUGAGCCAAGAGCUUAGGCGUAGCGAAAGGGGUACUUUCCAAAAAUAAAUAACGAUCGAAUCCAGUUGAACCGCGUUUGUUCCACCUGCCAUUAACUACUUUCCUAUCUAAAUAUUCAUAAUGCCACCUUUUCUGUUGUUAUUCCCUUCCACAAACACUUUCCUCAAUGAAAUAGACUGAGAAACGCAAAACCAAUUAAGUAUCCGCCACGUAGAGCACUCGGGGGUAAAGUAGCGAGCGGAAUCUGCCCACACUGCCAAGUCAGAGCCACGAGCCAUAUUUCGAAAUUACAACUAACUUUUAAUCAAACUAACUACACUAUUAACCUUAACCUAAACAUAAACAUUAAACAUUACGAACGCAUAAAAAAAAAGUAAAUACAAAAAAAGAAACACUUCGAAUGCCCAUAGAAAGUUAGUUGCGAUUUUAGGGUUGUCGCAUUAUCAAAGAGGAGGCAGUCAGUGUUGCCAGAUACCAUUUGUAAAUUAUUUAACCUAACCUAAGGCAUUAUCCAACACUAAGUUUUGUAAAUAUUUUCAAAUCGCGCCUAGUUUGUAAACGUAUCUUUGGUUCAGAGAUGGGAGAAACCCUGAAACUAAAAUAUAAAAGUAAAUAUAAAUAUAGUAACUUGCAUUUCAGCAUCAAAAGCAACUCUGCAUUUAAGCUCAAAAAUUGAAUUUAAUUUUUACAAAAACCCAAAAAAGAAAAAUACUACCAAAACCCUUCUCCCCUUCACCUAACAAAUAAAUGAGUAAAUGAAAAUUGCCAACUUUUGCAGCCGACGCAGGUCAUUUUUUUGCAUUUAUAAAAGAAGCAAAAAUAAAAAUUGUAUAAAGCUAAAACGUUUAUAUAAGAGUAUUAAAUUAAAUGUAACCUUAGUUGUAAACAAAAACAAAAGAAGAUGGCAAGCAAAAGCAAAACGAAAUAUCUAUCAAGCAUAAAAAACUAUUGUAUUUAAAUUUAAUAUUUAUAUUACAUGGUAAAAGCAACAAUUUAACUGUUAGCAUUUCAAACCAAUUCACAUACGAAACAAAACAAGAAUGAAGGGAUGAACUUUAUAUUAUAAAUUAUAUGAUAUAGCAACAACUAUGUGUGUAAUGUUUUUAGCAACUAUAACUAUUUCUAUACACAAAUCGAAAAACAGGCAAAUGCUGUAAUAAAAACAAUAUACAAAAUA